AUGUCCCUCUGUGCAUGCUGCUGCAGCUGUGGUCCCAAGAUGGCAGUUCUCCAACUGUUGUUUCUGGCCUGCCUGGUAUGGGGAAUGGGGGCCAGGACAGCACAGUUACGAAAGGCCAAUGAUCGAAGUGGCCGAUGCCAGUACACCUUCACUGUGGCUAGCCCCACUGAAUCCAGCUGCCCCGGGGAGGACCAGGCCAUGUCAGCCAUCCAAGACCUUCAGAGAGACAGCGGCAUCCAACAUGCAGAGCUGGUGUCCACCAAAGCCCGGCUUAGCUCCCUGGAGAGUCUCCUCCACCAGCUGACCUUGGGCCAGGCUACUGGAACCAAGGAGGCCCACGAGGGGCUACAGGGCCAGCUGGGUGCCCUGAGGAGGGAACGGGAUCAGUUGGAGACUCAAACCAGGGAUCUGGAGGUGGCCUAUAACAAUCUCCUACGAGACAAGUCAGCUCUAGAAGAGGAGAAGAGGCAACUGGAACAAGAAAAUGAAGAUCUGGCCAGGAGGCUGGAAGGCAGCAGCCAGGAGGUAGCAAGGCUGAGGAGGGGCCAGUGUCUCUCAACCCAACACUCACCUCAGGACAUGCUGCCAGGCUCCAGGGAAGUCUCUCAGUGGAACUUGGACACACUGGCCUUCCAGGAACUGAAGUCAGAGUUAACGGAGGUUCCUGCUUCCCAGAUAUUGAAGGGGAGUCCAUCUGGCCAGCCCCGGAGCAAGGAGGGAGACAAAGGAUGUGGAGAGCUAAUCUGGGUAGGAGAACCAGUCACUCUGAGGACUGCCGAGACAAUCACUGGCAAGUACGGAGUGUGGAUGAGAGACCCCAAGCCCGCCCACCCAUACACCCAGGAGACCACAUGGAGGAUUGACACAGUUGGCACAGGCAUCCGCCAGGUGUUUGAGUACAGUCUGAUAAGCCAGUUCGAGCAGGGCUACCCUUCAAAGGUUUACGUGCUCCCCCAGGCGCUGGAAAGCACGGGUGCUGUGGUGUAUUCCGGGAGCCUCUAUUUCCAGGGAGCUGAGUCCAGAACUGUGUUUAGGUACGAGCUGAACACCGAGCUGCUGAAGGCUGAGAAGGAAAUUCCUGGAGCAGGCUACCACGGACAGUUCCCGUAUGCUUGGGGAGGCUACACAGACAUUGACUUAGCUGUGGAUGAAAACGGUCUCUGGGUCAUCUACAGCACAGAGGAAGCCAAAGGUGCCAUUGUCCUCUCCAGAUUGAACCCAGAGAAUCUGGAACUUGAGCGUACCUGGGAGACCAACAUCCGUAAGCAGUCCGUGGCCAACGCCUUUGUCAUUUGUGGCACCUUGUACACAGUCAGCAGCUACUCUUCAGCCCAGGCAACUGUCAACUUUGCCUACGACACUGGUACCGGAGUCAGCAAGGCCCUGAGCAUUCCGUUCCAGAAUCGCUACAAGUACAGCAGCAUGAUUGACUACAACCCCCUGGAGAGGAAGCUCUUUGCGUGGGACAACUUCAACAUGGUCACCUACGAUAUCAAGCUCUCUGAGAUGUGA